UUUCUCAGAUGGAGGAGGAAGCUGUGAGGAAGAUGAAGAUGCCCUGGGACACCCAGGCAGACAAUGACCUGAGGAUGGAGACCAGUGAGGACAAAACCCCAUGGCACAACUUCGUAGCAGAGGCCAUUUUGAGAAGCUCCACAGCACAGGAAUACAACAGGGAAGAAAAGCCCCAGAGAUCCCACAGGAAGAGGGGCUGCAAACCCAGCCCAGGCUACUAUGAAAAGGAAAGACCCACCUUGAGCCAGGAAGGUGGACAGAGCUUCAGCCAGAGCUUGGAGCUGGUGGUCCAGGAGCAGCUUCCUGAUGGGGCUAAGCCCCACAAGUGCUUGGAGUGUGGGAAGAGCUUCAGGCAGAGCAGCACCCUGAUUAGCCACCAGAGGAUCCACACUGGGGAAUGGCCCUACAAGUGUGGGGAGUGUGGGAAGGGGUUCAGCUACAGAUCCACCCUUGUGACCCACCAACUCAUCCACACCGGGGAGAGGCCCUAUGAGUGCCCUCAAUGCCAGAAGAGGUUUCGGAUCAGCUCAGAUUUCCUCCUGCACCAGCGGAUUCACACCGAUGAGAGGCCCUUCUGCUGCCCAGAUUGUGGGAAGGGCUUCAAGCGCUACUCCCACCUCAUCAGGCUCAUCCACUCCGGGGAGAGGCCCUGUGAGUGCCCCCAGUGUGGGAAGAGGUUUCAGACCAGCUCCAAUCUCCGCCUGCAUGUACGGAUUCACACAGAUGAGAGGCCCUUCCGCUGCCCCGACUGUGGGAAGAGCUUCAAGCAGAAAUUCACCCUCGUCAGGCACCGGCGCAUCCACACUGGGGAGAGGCUCCACGAGUACCCCACAUAUGGGAAGAGCUUCACCCAGAGCUCUGACUUGACCAGCCAGGAGUCACCAGUAAGGAAUGUCCUGCCAGUGCCCCAACUGCAGGAAGAGAUUGAUGAACUGCUCCAGCUUCUUCCCCCAUUGGAGGACCCAUAUUGGAAAGAGCCCUGUGACCCAUGGUGGGAAGACAUCUGUUAAUUUUCCUGCCCCUGCCAAUGACGUGGUGUGAGAUUGAAGAACAUGAGGGUCUGGCCAUGGCCCUGUCAUCACAUUCACUUCCACCUCAGGUCAUUGCCAGGGGCAGGAAAGGGACUCUCUCUCUCUCUCUCUCCCUGAGUGUGGUAUUCACAUGCCUUCUGAACAUGUGAAUGUUUGAAGCUGUGAGACAAGCAGAGAAGAAGGAAAACAUAAUUAUUACCUCUCUUGCUGUGCCUGUGUUGUGCUAAAGUAGAAUGCAAUAUGGAGAUUGUUUACUGUUGUGUUGUGUUUUUCAGAUUCUUAAGCUAAGUUGUAUAUUGUAAGUUGGUUUGUUCCAUUCGCCCCUGUGGUUGUGUAAUGGUUCUACCCAGGUUGUCUCCUCCCCUGCAAUCCUUGUCAGUCUCCCUGUCCCCUCCCCUGUUACCCCAGUUAACAUUAUAUCCUUUGUUUUGUCGCACCCUGGUGCUUUGUCUGUCACUCAGCAACCCAUCCUCUCUAUCUAGAAGCUUCUCUUCUGGGCACCAAGUGAUUGGUUCAGCGGCUGGGGCCCUUCCCCUAGUCACUCCCCAUUGGUCCCAUAGCAGUGUCCUUCUUUCCUUUUCCACUCCCUCCUGCUCCUCUAUUGGUUGGAGGGCAGGCUCCACCCCUGUUGCCACCUCCCUUUAUAAGUUGCUGUAAGCCCUUUUCCCACUGUCUUCAGCUUCUGGACGCACCUGGACUUUUCAUCUCACUGCUCCUCCCAAUAACCCUGUUUCACCAGAAGUCGGAACCCGCUUUCUUCACUCCUGUUGGCAUUGGCCCAGAGUCCGUCAAGGCAUUCGUGCCUAAGGCUCUCUCCUUGCAAGCGCAAGUGAGGAGAGUGCCCCCCACACCUCGCUGUCACUCACAUGCUAAAAAGCUAGCCUGGGGCAGCCCUCAAGAUCUCCAUCUGGACCUGCUGUGGGAGUGACCUCUUGAAACCACCUGGCCGUGAAGCUUCCUCCAGUAGGAGAAGACCCAUCUCUGGUGGGUGGCACUCCUGGAGGCUCGAGGAGGCAGCUCCUGCACCCGAGGAGUCUUCCCCUGACAGGAACCACCCCCUUUGGUCUUUUGUUCACCUAACACUGGAUUUUUCCUGAGAGGGGGCCCGAGUUGAAGUGGUGUCGAAUUCUGCGCCUGACUCGACCACAGUGACCAUACGGAACCUCAUGGAGCCAGGGGUCAGUUGUGACAACGCGGGUCCAAGGACACCACGGUGACACUACGGAACCUCAUGGAACCAAGGGGCCACUGUGACACUCUGGUGCCUCAUGCAAUCAAGGAGAUCAUUGUGAAACUCGGGGCCCCAAGGAACCAAGGGUCCAUGGUGACCUUGUGGAUCCUGUAGUGUCACAGAGAAGCCAUUGUGACACAGCGAGGGGGCAUGGAGCCGAGGGGCCAUGGUGACACAUCAGGGCUUUGUGGGAGCAUGAGCCAUUGUGACGUUGCAAGGUCUCAUGGAAGCACGGGGCCAUUGUGACACUGCAGAAGCAGGGGGAACAUUCUGACACUCCAGGGCCUCAUGAAACCAAGGAAACCAUUGUGACACUCUGGGGUCCCACAAAACCAAGGGAACAGGGAACAGGUCUGGCUGGCUGGGCCUCCUGGGGACCACCUGACAAGUCCAGCUGACUUUGGCAUGUCGAGGGCUGCUUCUCAUCUGUCCCUGGAGCACUGGGGCUCUGGGCUUUCCUUCUUAUGAGAGAGAAGUGUCCUUCUCCUCCAAGGCCCCAUGGCCAAAAUUUGGAUUCCUUCUCCACAUUUCCUUAUAUGCAAAGGUUGUUUCCAGAUGAAAUCUGCCAGGAGUGACAGAUCUGGUUGCCUUGGCCAUCCAGGGGCCAUCUCUCAUCUGUCUUUGAAACACUGGGACCAUGUGCUUUUCUUUCUUAUGGGAAAAAAACAUCCAUCCCGACCAAGUACACAUGGCCAAAAUUGGGCAUCUGUCUCCAGCAUUCCCUAUAUCCAAGGAUAACUCUGAGACAAAAGCUGCCAGGAGUGACAAGUCUGGCUGGCCUUGGCUUCCUGAGGGCUGGCACUCAUCUGCCUCUGAAACACUGAGGCUCUGCGCUUUCUUUCUUCAUAGAAAGAACUAUUCCUGUCCACGUAUCCACAGCCAAAAUUGAGAUUGCACCUCCAAAAUGCUCUAUGUCCAAGGAUAGCCCCUAGACAAAAGCUGCCAGGAGAGACAGGUCUGGCUGUCUUGGCCUAAGGGUGGCUACCUCUCAUCAUCUUCCAGAACACUUGGACUUGGCACUUCUCUUUCCUGUAGGAGCAAAUCAUCCAUCUUGACCAGGUGCCCAUGGCCAAAACUGGGAUUCCACUUCCAAAAUUCUGUACAUCCAAGGAUUGCUCCCAAGUGAAAGUUGCCAGGACUGACAGGUCUGGCUGCCCUUGGCCUCUUGGGGACUGCUUUCCAAACACUGGGGCUCAGUGCUUUCCUUCCAAUGGAAAAGAACCAUCCUUCUUCUCAAGGUGUCCAUUGUCAAAUUAGAAAUUCUUCCUCCCAAAUUCCAUAUAUCCAAGGACUCCUC